AUGGCUUUCCUGCUUGGUGGAGUGGGCCAGCAGGCUGCAACUGUAGCAGCAGCAGGGAACCAGCGGCCCAGAGUGUCCCAGAAUGGCCCAGAGUGUCCCAGAAUGGCCCAGAGCGUCGCAGAAUGGCCCAGAGUGUCCCAGAAUGGCCCAGUGUCCCAGAAUGGCCCAGAGUGUCCCAGAAUGGCCCAGAGUGUCCCAGAAUGGCCCAGAGUGUCCCAGAAUGGCCCAGAGUGUCCCAGAAUGGCCCAGAGUGUCCCAAAAUGGCCCAGAGUGUCGCAGAAUGGCCGAGUGUCCCAGAAUGGCCCAGAGUGUCCCAGAAUGGCCCAGAGUGUCCCAAAAUGGCCCAGAGUGUCCCAAAAUGGCCCAGAGUGUCGCAGAAUGGCCCAGAGUGUCCCAGAAUGGCCCAGAGUGUCGCAGAAUGGCCCAGAGUGUCGCAGAAUGGCCCAGAGUGUCGCAGAAUGGCCCAGAGUGUCCCAGAAUGGCCCAGAGUGUCGCAGAAUGGCCCAGAGUGUCGCAGAAUGGCCCAGAGUGUCCCAGAAUGGCCCAGAGUGUCCCAGAAUGGCCCAGAGUGUCGCAGAAUGGCCCAGAGUGUCGCAGAAUGGCCCAGAGUGUCCCAGAAUGGCCCAGAGUGUCCCAGAAUGGCACAGAGUGUCCCAGAAUGGCACAGAGUGUCCCAGAAUGGCACAGAGUGUCCCAGAAUGGCCCAGAGUGUCCCAGAAUGACCCAGAGUGUCCCAGAAUGACCCAGAGUGUCCCAGAAUGGCCCAGAGUGUCCCAGAAUGGCCCAGAGUGUCCCAGAAUGGCCCAGAGUGUCCCAGAAUGGCCCAGAGUGUCCCAGAAUGACCCAGAGUGUCCCAGAAUGACCCAGAGUGUCCCAGAAUGGCCCAGAGUGUCCCAGAAUGGCCCAGAGUGUCCCAGAAUGACCCAGAGUGUCCCAGAAUGA